CACGCUGUCUGCACUUCCUGUCGCACCCCGCUAUCCCCUGACCCGACCUCGUCCUUUGAGACUUCGGCGGUCAAAUACUUCGCAAUGUCCAAAUCAGCGACGGCUCGCCGACAUGUCCCUCUCGAAGACGAUAUCACUGCCUCAGGUGGCACACUCCGAACCAAAUCAAUCACCGGGAAGAGAAAGUCAAGAUCUGACGAGGACACCCAAGGAGACGGCUACAUUGACUCCCGGUCCUCGCGAAAGAUCUUAGCAAUAGCACAAGAUCUUGUGGAUGAAGACGCAGCAGAACGCAGGGCGGCUAGCGCAACUCUCACGUCACCCACAAAUGCGGCCUUCGGCUUCGAUUCGAGGUUUGCGGGGGACGACGAGGAUGAGAAUGGAGAUGCCAAAGGGGUCCUGAAGACGACUUGGAUCCAGAGGAGAUGGCAGUUUACAGAAAGUUUCUUCGAGACGGCGAAGAACUGGCCGACUUUGCACCAUCAAUUGCAAAUCUGACCACCAGCGACUUGCUAUCAACGAAUGAUAGGCAUAGACACCAGCAACCAAAAUCCAAUGAGGCAGCGGAAGAAGGAGACCAAGAGGAAGGCGAAGGCCAAACAACGAAUCUUGCAGACUUGAUCCUGCAACGGAUCGCUGAAAAGGAGGCAUUCGAAGCAUCUCGCUCUGCUGAACAAACACAACCAUUCAUAGGUGGCGGCCCUAUGGAGGAUGCCGUGGAGAUCCCCAUGAAAGUCGUUGAGGCAUUUACAAAGGUUGGCCAGCUCCUGUCACGCUACAAGUCCGGCCCUCUUCCCAAGCCUUUCAAAGUGCUUCCAACUCUGCCACAAUGGCCAGAUCUUCUCUCGAUCACGAGGCCCGAGAACUGGACUCCACACGCCGUCUACCGCGCGACAAAGAUUUUCAUCUCUGGCCCAGCGGCCACCGGCCAGCACUUUUGCGAAACCGUCCUUCUCGACCGUGUGAGAGAGGACAUCCAAGAGACCAAGAAACUCAAUGUCCAUCUCUACAACGCUCUGAAAGCCGCCUUUUACCGACCUUCUGCAUUUUUCAAGGGCUUUUUGUUUCCGCUCGUGCAAUCGAGUUGUACGCUACGCGAGGCGCACAUCAUCUCCUCCGUAUUGGCCAAGAUCAAGAUUCCCGUGCUGCAUUCUGCCGCUGCUCUGUUACGGUUAUGCGAGAUCUCGGCGGAACAGACAGCAAACGUGAAUAGCGAAGCCGCUGGUGCCGCGAACAUCUUCAUCCGCGUCUUACUCGCGAAGAAAUAUGCGCUGCCAUACAAAGUUGUGGACGGCCUCGUGUUUCAUUUUCUUCGGUUUAGAGCCUCCAAGGAACAGGAUCAAGAGGCGUUGGGGUCCAAGGAAGCCAAGCUGCCGGUCUUGUGGCAUCAAAGCCUUCUCAUAUUUGCGCAGACGUACCGCAACGAAAUCACGGAGGACCAGCGAGAAGCGCUACUGGACCUGCUGCUGGUCCGAGGCCAUAAAGAUAUUGGACCGGAGGUCAGGCGCGAGUUGCUGGCCGGUAGAAACCGGGCCGCUGCAGACGGACAGGGUGGUGGCGAGAUGCAGAUUGAUGCGCUAGAGCGGAGGGAUGAUGGCGAUGAUACCAUGGACAUGACGAGGUGAUGGUUCUGAGGGUCGGAAGCAUGAUGAACAACAGAGAGGCCCUUGCAUGAGAUAUGAGCAUAGACGAAUGAAACCAAUCAACCCUCGAGAGCGAGUUCUGAUAUACUCUUGUGCCACCCACCUCCAACCAGGUCCAAUGCUCGAUCACGUGAAGCGGA